CUCACUUCCAACCAAAGACGAAUGUGGAGGACCAUGCAUAAUGUGGAGGCACGGAGGAAGGUUUUUUUUCAUACCCUUCCGUAUGUUGGCGGCCGCAAAGAGAACUGUAAAAUCGACUGCUACCUUGACAUAGCUUCAUUAUACUCCUACCUCGCAUACCUAGACCUCCUCCGCAACCGCCCCAUCCUCGCCUCCCACGGUGUAACCGUCGAAUUCCACCCAACCUUCCUCGGCGCCCUCAACCAAGCAACAGGCAACAAACCCCCCUGGACCCUCCCCGCCAAAGCCGCCCACGGCCCCUUCGACGCAGCCCGCUCCAUCGCCCGCCAGGGCACCUACCCCAAUGGCAGUCCCCUCAACAUCACCUUCCCGGAAAACCUCUUUAUAAACGGGAAAACCAUCCUUCCCCUUCGUGCCCUGCACUGCAUCAAGUCCAAGUUUCCCCCAGAAACCCUCGACCAAACCCUCCUCUACCUCUUCCACAUCUUUUGGUCACCUCCCAAUCUCAAUCUUACUGUCCCUGAAAACCUCAAGUCAACGCUGUUGGCUGUGCCGGAGGGGUUCUCCGGUCCUACGGCGAAUGAUGACAAGAAGAAGAAGUUGUUUAGUGCGGAGCAGGUGGAGGAGAUUAUGAAGGGGGCUCAAGCAGAGGAGUUUAAAGGGAAGCUGAAGAAGACGACUGACGAGGCGUUGGAGAGGGGGGCUUUUGGGGCGCCGUGGAUAUGGGCUACGAAUGACAAAGGGGAGGGGGAACCCUUUUUUGGGAGUGAUAGGUUCCAUUUUGUUUACAAGCAUUUGGGGUUGCCGUAUAGGGAUGUGGAGGUUUUGGCUAAUGGGGAUGAUCCGAAGUGGGGGAAGCUUUGGAGGAAGGAGAAUGGGGCGAAGUUGUAG